CCGUACCAGUGUGUGGCCUGAUCUGACAGUGCCAAAUAGGCCAAAACCCUAACUUGGUUCUUCUGCCUUAUGAACGAUCAGCCAAAAAAUCUGCGAGCCAACUGAAGGGAACAUCCUCAAUCAAACAAGAAAGUAUCCUCUCCUCCUGUAAAACCCUAACCCCAUAGCAAGCUCUCUCCGAGCGGGUGACAUUUCUAAUUCUCACUCUGUUGGUCACUUGAUGAUGAGCUUAAAUCAUUGUAGAAACUUCUCUUCCUCUUCAAUAUUUCUUCAUAGAUCAGGGUCAAGUAGAUCAGUUUGUUCGAAAUCUCGCGUUUUCUUCUACUCUUCUAAGAAGAAAUGCAACCGAAACUUCUAUCCUCUCAACCUCCAGAUAUGGCCGCCGCGGGUUGCUUCAAAGGAGCUUGGUCGAGUCUGCCAGGUCCGCUGCGAAGAAAAGACAACGUACGCAGAGUUAACAGCGGAGGCGCCGCCGGGAAGAGGCAAGCGAACCGAUUUGAAGAAGAUUCUGAUCCUUGGUGCUGGUCCCAUCGUGAUUGGACAAGCUUGCGAGUUUGAUUACUCUGGCACUCAGGCAUGCAAGGCUCUCAAAGAGGAGGGCUACGAAGUUAUUUUGAUUAAUUCGAAUCCUGCCACUAUCAUGACCGACCCGGAUUUGGCCGAUAGGACUUACAUUGCGCCCAUGACUCCGGAGUUGGUGGAGCAAGUGCUCGAACAGGAGCGUCCCGACGCCCUACUACCCACCAUGGGAGGCCAGACCGCGCUGAACCUUGCGGUGGCCUUGGCUGAUAGCGGCGCACUGGAGAAGUAUGGCGUUGAACUGAUAGGAGCCAAGCUGGACGCGAUUAAGAAGGCUGAGGAUCGUGACCUGUUCAAGCAGGCGAUGAAGAGUAUUGGCAUCAAAACACCUCCCUCUGGGAUUGGAAACACUCUGGAGGAGUGCAUUGAAAUUGCUAAUGAAAUUGGGGAAUUUCCUCUGAUUAUUAGACCUGCCUUUACUCUGGGAGGUACUGGGGGCGGAAUUGCUUAUAACAAAGAGGAGUUUGAGACGAUAUGUAAGGCGGGGCUAGCUGCUAGUUUGACUAAACAAGUUUUGGUGGAGAAAUCUCUUCUUGGAUGGAAGGAAUUUGAAUUGGAAGUUAUGCGAGACUUGGCAGACAAUGUGGUAAUUAUAUGUUCUAUUGAGAAUUUCGAUCCUAUGGGAGUCCAUACUGGGGAUUCGAUAACAGUGGCUCCAGCGCAAACUUUGACAGAUAAGGAGUACCAGAGGUUGAGGGAUUAUUCAAUUGCAAUAAUAAGGGAGAUUGGUGUGGAGUGCGGGGGUUCAAAUGUGCAAUUUGCAGUGAACCCAGUGGAUGGUGAAGUGAUGGUUAUUGAAAUGAAUCCAAGGGUCUCGAGAUCAUCUGCUUUGGCAUCCAAGGCUACUGGGUUCCCUAUAGCAAAAAUGGCUGCUAAGUUGUCAGUUGGGUACACUUUGGACCAGAUUCCAAACGACAUUACAAAGAAAACGCCAGCUAGUUUUGAGCCAUCGAUUGAUUAUGUGGUCACUAAGAUUCCUCGAUUUGCAUUUGAGAAAUUUCCUGGUUCAGAACCAAUAUUGACAACACAGAUGAAAUCUGUUGGGGAAAGCAUGGCAGUAGGUCGAACAUUUCAAGAAUCGUUUCAGAAAGCAGUUCGAUCAUUGGAAUGUGGCUACUCUGGAUGGGGUUGUGCACAAGUCAAGGCGCUUGAAUGGGACUUGGAAAAGAUGAAGUACAGUCUUCGAGUACCAAACCCUGACCGCAUCCAUGCCAUAUAUGCUGCAAUGAAGAAGGGAAUGAAUGUGGAUGACAUUCAUGAGUUGAGUUAUAUUGACAGGUGGUUCUUAACUCAGCUUAGAGAGCUUGUAGAUGUUGAACAAUAUCUUCUAAGUCAGAGUUUGUCCAACUUGUCGAAGGACGACUUUCAUGAGAUUAAAAGAAGAGGAUUCAGUGAUAAGCAGAUAGCUUUUGCGACUAAAUCAAGAGAGAGAGAAGUCCGGUCAAAGAGGAUUUCACUUGGAGUUACUCCAGCAUAUAAGCGUGUGGACACAUGCGCUGCCGAGUUUGAGGCAAACACUCCUUAUAUGUACUCUUCCUAUGAUUUUGAGUGUGAGUCAGCUCCAACUGGAAGGAAGAAGGUUUUGAUUUUAGGUGGAGGACCAAAUCGUAUUGGGCAGGGCAUUGAGUUUGAUUAUUGUUGUUGCCAUGCAUCUUUUUCCCUUCAGAGUGCUGGAUAUGAGACUAUUAUGAUGAAUUCAAAUCCUGAAACAGUCUCCACAGAUUACGACACCAGCAAUCGUCUUUACUUUGAGCCUUUAACAGUUGAAGAUGUUCUGAAUGUAAUCGAUUUGGAACGACCGGAUGGCAUCAUUGUUCAGUUUGGAGGUCAAACACCUUUGAAACUUGCUCUUCCUGUCCAGCAUUACCUAGAUGAGCACAGGCCUCUAUCUGCCAGUGGCGCUGGGCAUGUACGGAUUUGGGGCACAUCGCCAGAUUCGAUAGAUGCAGCUGAAGAUAGGGAGCGGUUUAAUGCUAUCCUUAACGAGUUGAAAAUUGAACAGCCAAAGGGAGGGAUUGCCAAAAGUGAAGUGGCUGCACUUGCCAUCGCAAAGGACAUUGGUUAUCCAGUUGUGGUUCGGCCUUCUUAUGUGUUGGGUGGGCGGGCAAUGGAAAUUGUAUACACUGACAGCAAGCUUGUGACUUACCUUCAAAAUGCUGUUGAGGUGGAUCCAGAACGUCCAGUUUUGAUUGACAAGUAUUUAUCUGAUGCUAUCGAAAUUGACGUGGAUGCACUUGCUGACUCGCAUGGAAAUGUGGUGAUUGGUGGUAUAAUGGAGCAUAUUGAGCAGGCUGGGAUCCAUUCUGGCGACUCAGCUUGCAUAAUCCCCACCAGAACUGUUCCACCUUCUUGCUUAGACACAAUUAGGUCAUGGGCAACAAAAUUGGCCAAGAGGAUAAAUGUCUGUGGACUUAUGAACUGCCAGUUUGCUAUCACACCGUCUCAGGAUGUUUUCUUGCUUGAGGCAAAUCCUAGAGCUUCCCGUACUGUCCCAUUCGUGUCCAAGGCAAUUGGGCAUCCAUUGGCUAAGUAUGCUGCCCUCCUCAUGUCUGGCAAGUCACUUGAGGAGAUAGAUUUUGUGACAGAGGUGAUCCCAAGACAUGUAUCAGUCAAGGAAGCCGUUCUUCCAUUCGAGAAGUUCCCAGGCUGCGAUGUGAUGUUAGGACCGGAGAUGCGUAGCACUGGUGAGGUGAUGGGCAUUGAUUUCAGGUUUGCUGUUGCAUUUGCAAAGGCCCAAAUUUCUGCUGGGCAAAUGCUACCACUUUCCGGCACCGUUUUCAUUAGUUUGAAUGAUUUGACGAAACCCCAUGCUGAAAGGAUUGCCAAGGCUUUCCUGGGACUUGGAUUUAGGAUUGUUUCAACUUCUGGAACAGCUCACUUUCUUGAAUUAAAAGAUAUCCCUGUUGAGAGAGUUCUGAAGAUGCACGAGGGCCGACCACAUGCUGGUGAUAUGAUUGCCAAUGGGCAGAUCCAGUUGAUGGUGAUCACGAGCUCUGGCGAUACACUUGAUGAAAUAGAUGGUGUGAAGCUAAGAAGAAUGGGUCUAGCGUACAAGAUUCCUGUAAUUACAACAGUUGAGGGAGCCUUGGCAAGUGCGGAGGCAAUAACGAGCUUGAAAUCCAGCACUGUGAAGAUGAUUGCACUCCAGGACUUCUUUAAUGUUGACGACAAUAAGGAGAGUAGUAAAAGCUUGCAGUCAGCUUCUUCCUCCCUAUGAUCAAGGCUAAUUAGUCGCUAAUUUUGCUGCUCAAGUGAUACAAGGAUGUGCUAGUAUAUGAAAAAUUAGUUUGUCAGCUUAUCUCUUGUAGUGUGUUCUAUCUACACUGUCAUCUUCACCUAUGUUUUUGCCGCUGCCAGGAUCUCAUAGUAGGCACUAGGCAGUCUGUAUUCAAUUGCUUGUUGUGUUGGUAUCUUGUAAGAUUGUAAACAUGGGUUUUGGUGUUAUGGAGCAAGUAUUUACUGCUGGAAUCUUUUGGUGGAUGGAUCCAUACAUGGAUACUGCGGAAUUCA